GACUAGGGUUUGCUUACCCUAUCCAGACUGUCCUCCCUCAGAUACGGAUCUCUUCUGAGAGGGUAACAUUGACAGAGAGGUGGGCUCCAGCAAGAACGAGGCGCUGUGCUAAAGCUCACCCUUCAGUCAACUUCGUCUGCUCCUUCCUCUACCUGUGCAGGUUCAGCAAAAAGAGAGGCUGUGUCCAAUUCUCCCUUCAAGACUUCUCUUCCCACUUAGUGAGCAGAAAAAAUGGGAGACUGGAGUUUCCUGGGAGAAUUCCUCGAGGAGGUCCACAAACACUCCACUGUGGUGGGGAAAGUCUGGCUGACUGUGCUCUUCAUCUUCCGGAUGCUGGUGCUGGGUACAGCAGCUGAGUCCUCGUGGGGUGAUGAGCAGUCUGACUUCAUGUGUGACACCCAGCAGCCUGGCUGCGAGAACGUCUGCUACGACAAGGCCUUCCCCAUCUCCCACGUCCGGUUUUGGGUCCUUCAGAUCAUCUUUGUCUCCACUCCAUCUCUGGUAUACAUGGGCCACGCAAUGCACACAGUGCGCAUGGAAGAGAAGAGGAAGAUGAAAGAGGCAGAACUAGAGGCCCAGGAGAUGAAAAACAACGGUGACACAUACUACCAGCAGAAGUGCUCCAUGGCAGAGAAGGCUGAGCUGUCUUGCUGGGAUGAGUCAGGAGGCAAAAUCAUACUCAGAGGAAGUCUGCUGAACACCUAUGUCUACAGCAUUUUGAUUCGCACUGCCAUGGAAGUGGCCUUCAUAGUGGGACAGUAUGUCUUGUAUGGGAUCUUCCUGGAGACCCUGUAUAUCUGCCAGCGGGCACCUUGCCCCCAUCCUGUCAACUGCUACGUUUCCCGCCCCACAGAAAAAAACGUGUUCAUCGUCUUCAUGCUGGCUGUGGCAGUGCUCUCCCUGUUCCUCAGUCUGGCCGAGCUGUACCACUUGGGCUGGAAGAAAGCCAAAGAGAGGUGCUCCAGGUCUUACAAGCCCAGCACCAGCACAGUCCCUGGGAGACUGGAGUCUGCCCCACAAGCGGAAAGGGCCCAGAUGUACACUCCUCCCCCAGAUUUUAACCAGUGCCUGUCAAGUCCCAACGGGAAGUUCAUCAGCCCCUUCAGCAACAAAACAGCCUCCCAGCAGAACACUGCCAACUUUGCCACUGAGAGGGUCCACAGCCAGGAGGAUGCUGCCGGUGAAGGGUCCUUCAUUAAGUCCAGCUAUGGGGAAAGUCCAGAGGUGGCCAACGAAUGUGCAGCUCCCACCUUCCCUGAGAACUACUUCAAUGAGAAACGUCGAUUCAGCAAGGCCAGCCGUGCCAGCAGCAAGGCGAGGUCAGACGACCUGUCUGUGUGACCUGUCUCCAGCAGGAGUGAGGAGAAGGAGCAGUCGCAGUGCUUAGUAAAACUUCUGCAGAGUGGAUUCCAGACUCCUGCCACUAACCUCUCUCUGUUUUAACAUCCUCUUGCUCCUUUCCAUCACUGUUACAUUGCAGACAGCACCUCUCACAGCUUAAGGCAGGGGCAGCCACCAGGAGACUACACACACUGAAGAGAGGCACCAAUCUCAAGGUGUGAAACUCUUGUCCACAUUUUCACCAGGGACCGGAGACCUGCUGUUCUUAGCCUGGUAGAGCACAGGCCAGCAGACUCCUGAGGCUGCCCAGCAGGUAUUCACUGCGACACUGUAUUCAACAGACUGACUGGAACUCAACCCCCUUGCUUCUUCUUGGGUGUCUAUUCAACAUUUGCUACAUCAGCUUGGCAAAUAUAUUGAGCUGAAGCUUUUCUCACCUGCAGGGAGCAGAAACACACCAGUAGGCUCUCUGAAAGAAAGACUUUCUCACCUGCUUCGUCCUUGCUCUUUCUAAUCUUCCCUUUUCCUACCUGAGCCCAGAUAUUUUCUACCAGUUUACCAAUACAAUACAUUCUACUUGAAUUUUUGACACUGUAUAUAUAACUCUUCCCUAUAAACAAGAACAUCUGUGGUCCCUCAUGCACAGCUGCUUCAUGUCUAACAUUGGAAUCCCUCCCUCAUUCCUAAGUCAGCAUAUCAGACUGGCCCCAGGCAUAAUGCUCAGCUGACCAGUUGAUGAAGACUAGGGAAUUUUCCCAAGAUAUUUAUGUCAUCAAUUCUAAGCAAGACAUCCAUUAACAGAAACAGAGACUCUCCUG